AUGAAAUGUGGAAGCCUCAAGGGCGUGAAACAUCAUUUGACGUCAUCGCAUGCCUUAUUUGACUUUAACUUUCGGCUGUCGGAGAAUGGUCAUCCGAUGUUUGAUGUCUCCGUGAAACCUGAUGCAUUCAAAAAUGGGGUACUAAAUUAUGAUUUAGAGGAGCACGAUCGUGUUAAUAUCUACUUUUAUCGCUCGAAAUCCUGUAUGCGAGGCCAAAGAGCUGGUCCUAAGGGACGUAAAUGUUGUAAGAUUUUUGAGAAGUAUUCAGAAGAUGUCCCUCGUGACAAAGCAAAUGAAAUUUCUCAUGUGAACGGUGAUAAUAUCCCAUCCUCCCUAGCAAGAACUCGCUUGUCGGGACAGACUAGCGAAAUUCAGACGAUAACUCAACCAGAGAUAGGUCAGUCUUCUAGAGCUAAGGGGCCUCGUGCUAUUGGGAGAAAAAGGUUAAAUCCACGGCGGCUCGAGGCUGAAAGAACCGAUCUUCUUAGGAGUCGGCAGUUCUACCACUCUAAAACAUUGCAGCCAAUGACCCUGGAAGAAGUACUGUCUGAUGCGGACAGCGAUAAUGAAAAUGAUAAAGAAUUUAAAGAUUUUCAAGAACGCAUGAAGAUUGAUCGGUUGGUGGAUGCGAGCGAUGAUGAGAAGAAAUUUAUGGGGCUUUGGAACACAUUCAUGGAUGAUCAAAGGUAGCAAUAUGAUUCUACUCGCAUCUUAUGUUUUAAGAAAGAUUUGAGAUAAAGAGUGAUCCACCACUAAACUCACUUUUGUUAUGCCAUGAUUACUUUUUGGGCAGUGUGUACGUUGAUAAACAUGUUCCUUGGGCAUGUGAACAUUUCGUAAAACAUCAUGCGAAAGAGCUGAUCACUCCUAAACUUUCCUGGUAAUAAUCUUUUUUAUCAACUCAUCAUAUGAUAUCCCAAAUGGAGUAUCCAAAUUUUUGAUUAUAUUUGUUGAUGCCUCUGAGCAGGCAAUGGAGAAUGUUUGCACUUGAUACGCUGUGUAUAAAAUACGGUCUGAUAUCCCCCAAGACCAUGGACAAAUGCAGUAUCAUCCUGCAGAAGGCACAGCUAGAAGAAGAAUUCCCAGAAGAAGCGGCGGCAGCAGCAGAAGUGGAGGCAUUGGAAGAAGCGGAGGCAGCGGUGGCCGCAGCAGCAGAAGCAGCAGCAAAAGCAUCCGCCGCUAAAGGCACAAGAAAAAGCGCCAGAAUACAAAAGAAGAAGAUGCAAGAAGCUGAAAGAAGAACAUUAGCCAUGGUGUGUGUAAGAGAUCUUAGUUUCUGAACUGAGAGAUCAAAAACUAUUUUAAAAUUCCCGUACUCAGAUACCAUUUCAUUCCUUUCAAAUUAUGUUGAAGUAAACUUUUAGUUUAAUCUUUACUAGAUCCUGACCCACGCACCAUUUAAUAAAAUAAAUAAUUAAAAAUUGAAAAUUCAUAUCCACGCUGUGAUAACAUAUUAAAAAAAAAUGAGUAU